AUGCCUUCUCUAUCCUUUACUGUUCUGCCUGGCGGCCUUCGUAUUUCCUGUCUCAACUCGUCCAAAUCUGCGCAUGUCUGCUUUACUUUAAAUGCUCUCUCCUUUUUUGCCAAGUACAAAUUUCAGGCGGACCAGACCUUCAACACUCCUUCAGUCGAUGAAACAUGGGGCUGUACGUUGCAGAACAGGGCACUUCUAUCCAUCUUCAAGAAGCGAAACCUCGACACCAAGGAGAAGGAGACAGCUCUUGAACGAUGCGAGUUUGAGUUACAAGCACGGGCGGACAAGACCAAAUGUCGCCUUAUCAUCCGCAUGAUCUGCCGGCAUGGCGUCGUCAAGACCUACAAACUGAUCUAUGAGCCAACAAAUGUGCUUCGAGCAAGUUUCGAUAGCGCGAACUCCCCAAAUCAUUGGACCACGUCGGCCCGUACGCUGCGUGACAUUGUGGAGUACUUUGGUGUAACAACUGACCAGUUGGAUUGGUCAUUUGAGAAAGGGAAAGUGAACUUUACAAGCUACACAGAGAGGAUCACAGACGGCAGAGAAAUCUUCAAGCUACCUAUGCAUACAUCCGUCGCCAUUGAAAGGAAAGAUUUUAAUAAUUUCAGCGUCCAAGAAGGCCUACAUGUCGGCAUAGUAGUCCGAGAUUUCCGCGCCAUCGUCAGCCAUGCGGAUGCAUUAGGAGCCAGCGUCACAGCAAGAUACUCCAGAGGGAAUCGACCCAUGCAGAUUGCUUAUGAGGUCGAUGGCAUCCUUUGCGAGUUUACACUUAUGACAAGAGGUCCACCUGCCAAUGUAUCUUCUGCUGCUGUUGCGAUAAGGGCAAGUACUCCUGCCAGGGACUUGUCUGUCAGACCAGUUCAGAGACCACAGCCCCAGAGCACGGAUCAACAUCUGAUUGACCGAGAUCCAACGCCUACACUCUCGGCCACGAUCAUGCCUCCACCAGUGGCAAACGUCUCCGUUGCAGACACAGUCGGAGCACCUCAGCUAAGUCAAUCGAUGCCCACAAACACAAAGGCCCAGCAAACCUUCCCUACCGGCACCCCAGGAGCCCCUUCGGCCGUUCUAGAUCAACACAGUCUGUUUUUCCCUGCCGGCGAAGAUGAGCAUUUCUGGGAUGAACAUGACAAUUAUACGGCUGAGCAAGAAGACUUUAUUACCUGGGAUGCGAGUGGACGCGGGUCUCUGCCUUCAGGGGCUGCACGGCGAAUUCGGGAUAGCGAAACAGCCACUUCGCUCCAAGGUUCGGGACGGAGCAGAAGGGAGGCACCAAAUGGCCAGGGAAUAGCUCCGACACAGAGGCUUUCACAGCUAAAAGGCCUUUUCGACUAG